GGAUCCUGAAGAGUUGUUUGAGACUUUGAACAUUAAUGCUGGAGAAGGGACACAAGGAACCAAGUGGUUUACCUUCGGAAUCCAUGGCAGCGAGUAGAAUCGGAGAUUGCAUUGCCCGGAGAAGUUUAGCUUGGGAUGCUGCCUUUUUCACCAGUGCAGGGGUAUUGAAUCCAGAAGAGUUGUCUUUGGUAAACAAUGGAUAUAGGAAGUCUGAAACAGUACCACAUAUACUUCCGGGAAUCGAGCAAGAGUUUUGGAAAUCUACUGAAUCAGACUCUGCGUUGGAUAGUGAUUACUCCUUGUCAAGUCUUGAGAUUGAUCUUUUUGAUGAUAUGAGAGCUUCAAUGCAAAAGUCAAGCAAAGAAUCCAAUAUGUUGAAUUCCAGUAGCAAACUUCAAAGUCAGACUGGCAUUCCAAAUUCCCAUUGUCAUAUUCCCAUCUCCAAGUCCAUAAAAUUCAAGAAUCGGACUUACAGUACAAUUUCAAAAAGGCGGGAUACAACUUCAACGAGGGUUAAACCCUUCCCAGCUUCCAGAAGGCCAAAAACUACAGCAGAUGGAGUGGGAAAGACAUCAAAAGAAGCCAUCAAUCCUUCAAAAGCAUUGGUAUGUUCAGUUCAGAACAUUGCUAUGGUAUUUGUGAAAUUUUCAUGUAUAUCUCUGAGUUGUAUGAACUCGGACCUUUUCUUAUACGAGUGA